AUGGCCCCCAAAAGAAAAUUAGAGGCUACUGGCGCUGUGGAGGAGAGCGAAAGGGCUUUGCACUCUUUGUUUCAGAAUGUCGCUAACAAUCUCUCUCGCUUUUAUUUUCAGUCACUCGAUCAUCAGAAGCUUGCUUUUGCCGCUGGUGAAAAGUACGCUUAUGUAAAACUUCACGAGUGGAUGCUAAAGAUAAUGCAAGAGGGUAGAAUGGUCACCGUGUCUCAGAUUCUUACCUAUUUGAAGGGGGAGCUGAACGACGUGGGCCCCACAGGACAAGGGGAGAGCGGAGGAUCACAAGAGAACACAAUGGGAGCUGACAUGGCACCGUCCUCGUCAUCUGCUGCUAAUGCCGUACACUUUGAAUCCGUCCGCAAUUUCGUUAGGGUUUUGAUUAGGGAGAUGGAAACGGCAAACUGGGACAUCCGAUCUGGAACUGGCUGUCCGCUGCCCCCAGCCUGCAACCCAUAUUCACGGCCAAAGCCCCAAGGAAGGGAACCAAUCGGAGAUCCCAGCGCCGCCGUCGUUGCACGAAGUGCUGGCGGAGGCGUUUAUGAACUGGAUGUUGAGGUCGGUGGAGGUGAGGACGGGAAGCCCAGCCUCGUCCGACGCUUGGGCAAGGUGGAAGGUCACAGGGAGGCCCCCGGCGGAGCCCGGCGUGGCGUUUGUGAUGAAAGAUCAUAG